GGCUCCAGCUAUGCAAGAGCUGCAGCCGCUCCAAGCUCCAGUUCUUCGUUCGCGUUUUCACCUGCUCAACAUCAACAGUUCCAAUUUCUGCAACAGCAGCAACAAGCGCAACAACAGCUUCAUCAACAGCACCAAAAUCAACAGCAACAACAGCAACAGCAACAACAGUUUUUGCAGCAGCAGAUUUCUUUUACUGGACCUGCUUGCUUAGGUCCUCUUGUAAAGGCAGCGUGCUUCAUUUCAUCUGGG